AUGGUUGCGGCUGAUCUUAUAAAAGAGUUCAACUUACCAGAUGUCGUUUUUCCCGGAUAUCUAAUCUGUCCAGAAUAUGAUAUAAGGCACCAAGAUGGUACAGAAGUUGUCUAUAAGUUUAUAUGUGGUCAAGGUUCUGAAAUGAUAGAUUAUAAAUUUCAAGGUAGGAAUAUCAAGGCAUUGACAGCUACUCUAUUAGGUCGUCUGAAGGCUGAAAUUAUAGAAUCGAAUGAGAAGAACGAAAAUGAAGAAACAUCAACAGAGGAAAGUUCAUCAUCACCACCACCAUCAUCAUCAUCAUCUUCAGAAAGAUUGACUAAAUCGAUUAAAUUAUCUGUAUUACAAAAUGAACAAUUAGUACAAGAUGUCAAAGUUAAAGAAGAUUUUGCCAAUAACCUACCGAAGGAAAACGACAUUGUUCUAGCUAGAGUUACAAGAAUAUCACCUCAAAGGGCUAACGUUGAAAUAUUAGCUGUUGAAAAUCGUCCUGUACCAAAAGACAGUGGAGUUGGAAGUAAUGGAUCCGGUGUAGUGGCAGCCGGUGGUGGUUCUGGUGCCGUUACGUUCUCUGUGUCCCAAGCAUCCUCAGAUUUAGGUGAAACAUUUAGAGGUAUCAUUAGAUCCCAAGACGUUAGAGCCACUGAAAGAGAUAGCGUAAAGAUGAUUGAGAGUUAUAAACCAGGUGAUAUCGUUAGAGCUCAAGUAUUGUCACUUGGUGACGGUACAAAUUACUAUCUAACAACUGCUAAGAAUGAAUUAGGUGUUGUUUUCGCCAGAGCCGCUAAUGGAGCCGCAGGGUUAAUGUAUGCCAUUGAUUGGCAAACAAUGACUUACCCAACAACAGGUGCUACCGAGAGGCGUAAGUGUGCACAACCAUUUGAAUAG